AUGUUUAAUGCAUUGUUUUCAAGUAAAAAAAAAACAUCUGAACAAGAUCAAGACCAAUUGAUUGAAAAAAAUGAAGAAAUAAUAAAAGACGAAAAAGAUCAAACAAUAAAUAAUAAAUUAGAAAAUGAUAAUGAAGAAAAUUUAUUCAACAAUCAUUCACAAAUUAAUGAUACUAAAGGAAAAGACAAGAAUUCAAACAUUUUAAAUAAAAAUGAUCAGAAAAAUUCUGAAACAUUAAAGGCUGAUUUAGAUGAUUUAAAAAAUAAUAUUGAUUUUAAAGAAAAUGAAAAUAAUUUAAGAGAUAAAACAAAAAAUGAGCAGGUGAAUAAACAUGGAAGUAUCUCGGAAAGCAGAUGUAGAAGUAGAAGCCGAAGCAUAAGUAGGGGAAAACAUGAACAUAGAAAACGAUCAAGAAGUAGAGAACGAAGGAAAAGCAAACAUAAGCAUAGACAUAGAUACCGAAAUGAUACCUUAAGUCGGAGCAGAAGCAGAAGUAGAGAUCGAAAGAAGAGGCACAAAAUUAGAGACAGAAGUAGAGACAGAACCAGAGAAAUAAGAAGAGAAAGAAGAAGAGAUAGAAGUAGAGACAGAAUCAGAGAAAGAAGAAGAGAUAGAAGUAGAGAUAGAAGUAGAGACAGAAUCAGAGAAAGAAGAAGAGAUAGAAGUAGAGAAAAGAAACGAAAAAUAGAUUUAAAUGAUUCAUAUGAUACACAUAGAAAUAUAAAAAGAAAUAGAACAACUAGUUAUAACAGCAAUGAUAAUAACAAAGAUAAUCAAAUAAACAACAUUUCAAGAAGUCAUAGUGAAAAUUAUGAUGAUAUUAAUAAAAAUGAAAAUUCGAAAAAAAACCCAAGUCAAAAUAGCUAUUAUAGAAAAACCGAAAAUAAUAGUUCAUCAGGAAAUGAAGAAUUGUCAGAAAGUGAGAUGCUUAAAAAGUUAAUGGGAAUUAGUGAAUUUGCAACAACAGAAAAUAAAUGCCACAAUGAAACAGAUAUAUCAGGUAUUAAUAAAAGAACAAAAAGAAAAUAUAGACAGUAUAUGAAUAGACGAGGAGGGUUCAAUCGGCCUUUAUCCCCUGCCUUUUAG